AUUUAAAUUUCCAAUUGGCUGCUUUUUUUUGCUCCUCAAAAUUAACCAUGUUGAAGAUUAAGCCUAGAGAUUUGGGGUCCUUUGUGGCAUUGACUGCCCUGCACGUGUGCUCCGUCCUGCAGCCCGUGGUGGAGGCCCAGGCGAACGUCAAGACAGUCUACCCAGUGGUGGAUCGAAGACUGAUGCUCCAAGUGGGCUACCAGUACAGCCACUGGAUGCUGGUCAAAUCCAUGAUGUACUCCCUUCUGGUGGUGUUCGGGCUCUGGUACAGUCGCCAUCUGCAGCAAGCAAAGAGGCUGGAAACGGAGGAGAAACGAGGCAUCCUGAAGGAUGCACAGCAGCUAACCGCCGACGAUGUGAAAGAGCAAUGGCUGAGCAGAAAGCAACAGGAUGCCUUUCCGACGAGCAAGUUCCUCUUCUUCGCUGCACCCUGGCUACUCAGUUUCCUGGGCAGCGGGCUGAUCAACUACGUCCGACUUUAUAUGGUCAUCCAGCACUUUUGCGUCUCCAACUGGCGGGCUAUCCAGAUAUAUGGGGAGCUUCAAGUGCUCUUCCUGCGCCGCCUGCUGGCCGCGACUCUGAUUCCCUACUGGUCGCAAUUCGUCGGAGGAGACUCCCUUGAAAAUUCGGCCACCUCCAUGCCCGCCAACUAUAUCAGCUACGAGACCCAUCUCCUGGACUGAACCCAAUCGGAUGAAUGUUUUAUGGCUGCAAGAAAUAAAGUUGGUUACAUGGUGUACAAUUUAGA